UGCCCCAACCUUCCGUCACCUCUUUUGGUCUCGCUCGCUCGCUCAGCCUCCUGCCCUCUCGACUUCUCUUUCUCUCAAACCCUGUGACCGUUCUCGGGUUCUCUACGCCGUUGGCGAGCUACCAGCGUCGUUCAUGCGCAUCCAAGAUACCAAAGCAUAGAUUUGGUGAUGAAGUUUGUUAGUUGAUGAACCAGUGCAACCAAACCAUAUUCUCCCAAAUGACUAGUAUGGUUGAAUCAACAAAUUCUAACCUCGAACAAGCAGAAGAAAUUAAGCUUUUAGCUAAUGAAGCAUUCAAAGCCAACAAGUUUUCGCAAGCUAUAGUUCUGUAUAGCAAAGCUAUUGAACUGAACGGCCUUAAUGCUGUAUAUUGGGCAAAUCGUGCAUUUGCGCACACCAAGCUCGAGGAGUAUGGUAGUGCCGUGCAAGAUGCUAGUAAGGCUAUUGAGAUUGAUCCUAGAUAUUCUAAGGCUUACUACAGACGAGGUGCAGCAUAUCUUGCCAUGGGAAAGUUUAAGGAAGCUUUGAAAGAUUUCCAACAGGUGAAAAAAAUUUCCCCAAAUGAUCCUGAUGCAGCUAAGAAGUUGAAGGAAUGUGAAAAAGCUGUGCAGAAAAUUAGAUUUGAAGAAGCCAUUGCUGUAGAUGAAUCAGAAAGGCGCUCAGUUGCGGAUUCUAUCGAUUUCCGUACUAUAGAGGUGGAUGCACAGUACACUGGUGCAAGAAUAGAAGGUGAAGUUGUUACCUUGGAUUUUGUGAAGAAAAUGAUGAAUGAUUUCAAAAACCAGAAACAUCUACAUAAAAGAUAUGCUUACCAGAUUGUACUGGAAGUCCGAGAAAUGUUGCGAGCUAUGCCUUCUCUUGUAGAUAUCAACGUUCCAGAUAGUCACCUUUUUACAAUCUGUGGGGAUGUACAUGGCCAAUUUUAUGAUCUAUUAAAUAUAUUUGAGCUUAAUGGGCUUCCUUCGGAGGAGAACCCCUAUCUCUUCAAUGGAGACUUUGUGGACAGAGGAUCUUUUUCUGUCGAAGUUAUUCUUACUCUAUUUGCAUUCAAGUGCAUGUGUCCAACAGCUAUGCAUCUUGCAAGGGGUAAUCAUGAAAGUAAGAGCAUGAACAAAAUCUAUGGUUUUGAGGGAGAGGUCAAAUCCAAAUUGGGCGAGACAUUUGUUGAACUCUUUGCUGAAGUAUUUUGCUACUUGCCCUUGGCACAUGUUAUAAAUGAGAAAAUCUUUGUAGUUCAUGGAGGACUGUUUAGCGUCGAUGGUGUCAAACUUUCUGACAUUCAGGCAAUUGACCGCUUCUGUGAGCCCCCUGAAGAAGGUUUAAUGUGUGAGCUGCUUUGGAGUGACCCACAACCUCAAUAUGGAAGAGGCCCUAGCAAGCGAGGAGUUGGACUUUCUUUUGGAGAAGAUGUCACCAAGAGAUUUCUACAAGAAAACAAUCUGGAUCUUGUGGUUCGAUCACACGAAGUUAAAGAAGAGGGAUAUGAGAUUGAACAUGAUGGAAAGCUUAUUACUGUAUUUUCUGCUCCAAAUUAUUGUGAUCAGAUGGCGAACAAGGGUGCUUUUAUUCGUUUCACCGCUCCUGAUUUGAAGCCGGACAUCAUUUCUUUUUCAUCUGUGCCACAUCCGGAUGUCAAGCCGAUGGCAUAUGCUAGCAAUUUCCUGCGGAUGUUCUCAUGAUCCAAUCAAGAGUGUUGCUGCCGCCUAGGAUCCAACUUAUAAUACCUUCUCUUGCUUCAUUACUUAUACGUAUCCACAGCUGUAGCUGUAGCAAUGACGCAGAAUUUUUUCACACAAGCAGCAGCUGAAUUUUGCUACAAUACAGUUUUGCAUUGUUGUUUCAGUACUAUCUGAAAUUCUAGUUUAGUUAAGGAUUUUUUUGCCAUCUUUAUCAUUAUUUUUUUCACGAGGUCAAAUAGGUGCAUUGUAAAUGUACAAUGGUUUGUUUUCAUUUAAGAGAAAUUAAUCACUUGAACACAAUAAUUC